ACAAUCUUGGCAACAAACGUCGUAUUUACCAAGGCAAUUAUACCUGAUCAAACCAAGCUACUUCACACCUAAUAUUCACAAUGUACACAAUUUUGGACAAUCUCAAUAUUGACAUCCUCGAAUCAAAUAUAAGCGACGUCCUGAUCCAACGGCCUUCAUAAAUCUAAAAUGUGGCCAACACAUUUAAUACUGACUUUAUUUAAAACUACCAGCUAUUUAAUAAUACCUUUUGCUAUAUUACUCGUCGGAAUUCGGUUUUGGAUUCAGCCCGUCAAAGGCGUGUGUCGGUGUAAAACAAAAUUAAGUGGAAAAGUAGCUUUAGUGACCGGAGGUAACUCUGGCAUCGGAUUAGAAACUGCCAGAGAUCUAGCAAGGCGAGGAGCUAGAGUGAUCAUAGCCAGCAGAGACGUCUCCAAGUCCACAGAAGCUGUCAGAGACAUCAUCAACACCACUGGCAACCCUAACGUCGAGCAUAGACAACUGGACUUGGCUAAAUUUAAAAACAUUCGAAAAUUUGCCGAAGAGUUUAAUAAAACUGAAGAUCGCUUAGACAUUUUGGUAAACAAUGCCGGCGUCAGUGGCUUGAACUAUCGUUUGACUGAAGAUGGACUUGAUAUGCUGAUGCAAAUCAAUUAUUUCGGCCCAGCAUUGCUUACAAAUUUGCUUCUCAACAAGUUGGAACAAUCUAAGCCCAGUAGGAUUGUGACAGUGACAUCAUCAAUACACCACGACGGAAAAAUCGAUUUGCAUAAUCUAGAAUCAAAAGAUUUAUCCUCUUACUAUCAAAGGUAUGCGAAUAGCAAGCUAUGCAAUGUUACUUGGACUAAAGCUCUGGCAAAGCGAGUGGAUGGCGUUUCUGUAAAUUCUGUCCACCCGGGCGUAGUUUACACAGACAUUUAUAACUCUUUCGGUGUAAUUCAGAAAAUUGCAAUCCUUGGUGUUAUUAGACUUCUUUUUAAGACGGCUGAAGAGGGAGCCCAAACGUGUAUACAUUUGUGUGUCGCUCCAGAACUUGAAAAUAAAUCUGGUGGUUAUUAUGUAGAAUGCAAAGAGAGGCGGCCUGCAAGAGUUGCGAGAGAUGACGAUUUUGUUAAUAAAGUUUGGAAUACAACUAUGGAAAUAAUAAAGCAGUGAUACAAUAAUAGCAGUUAUGUAAUUUAUUGUAAUACAUAAUGACUGUUACAUGUUUCUAGUUUAGUCAGAGGCGGCCUUACCCAUUGCGAGGCUCCGGGCAGGUAUUUACAAGGCCCUUUGUCCUUCGUAAAAACUAUGUCACGUGAAAGUAGGUCUGGUUGUUUGGUUUAGGUAUUUGUCAUGUAACUACAUAAUGAAUUUUUCAAUUUUGUUUUGAGUGAAUGAGUUAGUUAACUAACUUUAUUUUAAUUUACCUGUAUAAGUAAUUAAGGAUCAAAUUAAAAAGUUUUUAAUAAAAAAUGAGAACCGUCACGGGACGCUUGGCAGAUGUGAAACAUCGACAUUAUUUUGUAAAAGUAAUAUGCAGAAAAGAACAGAUUGUGAUAGGAACUAAAUAUGUCAUA